AUGAAGAAGCUCACGAAGGCAACCGCGCAGCCCCUCCACACCACGGCUGACCAACGCCAAACGGCCAUGCGCUUCCUGCAGGUAAACCUCAACAGAUGCCGCAAAGCGCAUGACCUCAUGUACAGGAAAAUGCUUGAGGACAACACAAGCGUGACACUAGGGCAGGAACCGAAUAAAGCACUCAGCCACACUACAAUAUGCGACGAUGCCAGGGACGUCUUCAUCAACGUCAGCAGAGGCCUCAGAGUAAAGAGAGAGUACAGGGGAACUGGCUACGUAGGGGUCGAGCUGGAGGACCUAUCAGUAUUCUCUGUUUACCUCUCACCAAACGGCGACUAUGAGAACUUUGAGAAGCUGCUCAACGACCUGGAGACAAUCAUCAAGACUUCGGGCAUGAACGUGUUGAUAGGCGGCGAUUUAAACGCCAAAAGUGCAAUAUUCGGCGAAUGCAGGACAAAUAGAAGAGGGACGCUGCUGGAGGACUGGAUGUCAGCGAACGACCUGGUGGCCGUCAAUAGAGGGAACACUCCAACCUUCUCAGGAUCGAGCGGGGAAUCCCUAAUUGACGAUACCAUUGCCACAAUACCGGUAGCGGGAAAGGUCAGUCGCUGGCAGGUGCUUACGGAGGAGGAAAACCUGAGCGACCACCACAGCAUCACCUGCAGCUACUGCAGUGGACCAGAACCCCGGAGCAGCCAAAUCCAGCCACAAAACUCGUGGAGGUGGACUGGGAAUCCGACAACAGCGGAGAAGUUCUCCAGAGCCCUCUCACUACGCGUCCAGCAGUUCCCCAACAUCGACUCCCCGGAAGAGCUGAUGGAAACGAUAACCUCGGUCUGCGAAAGCACACUGCUAAAGAGGUCGCCCACAGGCAGGAAAGGGGUGUACUGGUGGAACGAAGAAAUCGCUGGUAAGCGUAGGGAGUGCAUGAGAGUUAGGAGAAAGCUUACAAGGGCAAAGAAGAAAACCACAAGCGAAGCCCAGGAUAUCAGGGCUCUGAAGGACAGCCACGCGGCGGAGAGGAAAGCGAUCAGGAGCCUGAUCCAGAAGAGUAAGCAGGCGAAAUGGAGAGAGCUGAUCGACGACAACAGAGAAAUCUGUUGGACAGACUGCCCCAGGCUGGUGUUCUGGCGCCUGGGGGUGUGCCGGGAUGACGUUCCGUUCCAGGAAACAUCGACCGGCUAA